AUGACAAAGGCUAUACACGUGAAAAAUUGCGCGACAAAUCCAUCAAUUUCCAAUUCAAUCAUCUCCAUAGCUCGGCAAUUUUUCUCUACAACAUGUGCAGUAUCAGGCUUAGAAUCAGAACCAGAAGGAGUACGCAAACUAUUUGGUUCACCUAUUGGUGUUUUACAAGAUAAAGAUCUUCUCAAGAAGGCUCCAAAUGGGGAGCUUUUAGUACUAUAUCUUAUUGACAGUGGGGCAAUGGAUGCAGAUGCUAGUUUAUACAACCAGCUUCUGAAGAAAUGUACAGAAUGGAAACGGCUGAAAGAAGGCAGAGUGGUUCAUGAACACUUCUUGAGUUCGAGGUUUAGUCAUUAUACUGUUCCGAAUAACACGUUGAUUAAUAUGUAUGCGAAGUGUGAGAGUAUGGGUGAUGCUCGCAAGGUGUUUGAUGAAAUGCCUGAAAGAGAUAUGGUUUCUUGGACUGCGUUGAUUACUGGGUAUUCGCAGAAUGAGGAUGCUAAGGAGGGGUUGGUUUUGUUUACUGAGAUGUUGAGGUUUGGGUUUAUGCCGAAUCAGUUUACGUUUGGGAGUGUUCUUAAGGCUGCUGGAGCGUUGGAGAGUGGCGGUACGGGUAGGCAAUUACAUGGGGGAUGUGUGAAGUGUGGAUAUGAAGAGAAUGUUUAUGUUGGGAGUGCUCUUGUGGAUAUGUAUGCAAGGUGUGGACUAAUGGAUGAAGGGAAGAUUGUGUUUGACAAGUUAAGUUGCAAGAAUGAGGUUUCGUGGAAUGGUUUGAUUGCUGGGCAUGCGAGGAAAGGUGAAGGAGAAAUUGCUCUGAUACUUUUCUGUGAGAUGAAAAGAGGCGGUUUUCAGCCGACCCACUUUACAUUUUCUAGUGUUUAUGCAGCCUGUGCAAACAUUGGAGCUCUAGAGCCCGGGAAAUGGGUGCAUGUUCAUAUGAUCAAAUCAGGUUUGGAACUUAUUGCUUUUAUUGGUAAUACUCUGCUUGAUAUGUAUGCUAAGUCUGGUAGCAUUGAUGAUGCCCGAAAGGUUUUUGAUCGGUUAGUGAAAAAGGAUGUGGUCUCUUGGAACUCGAUGCUUACCGCCUAUGCUCAGCAUGGACUUGGAAAAGAAACCGUAGAGUGCUUUGAGGAAAUGCGUAGGAUAGGACCUGAACCUAAUGAAGUGACUUUUCUUUGUGCUCUUACAGCUUGCAGUCAUGCUGGGCUUCUAGACAAUGGAAUGCAUUAUUUUGAAUUGAUGAAGAAAUUUAAAAUAGAACCUAAUAUUUCACAUUAUGUGACCAUUGUUGAUCUACUUGGUCGAUCAGGUCAACUUGACCGUGCUGAAAAGUUCAUUAAUGAAAUGCUAAUUGAACCAAAUGCAGCCGUUUGGAAAGCUUUGCUUGGAGCUUGUAGGAUGCAUAAAAAUUUAGAGUUGGGUGUUUAUGCAGCUGAACGUGUGUUUGAACUUGAUCCACAUGAUUCAGGGCCACAUAUUUUGCUUUCCAACAUCUAUGCCUCUGCUGGUAGGAGAAGUGAUGCUGCAAGAGUUAGAAAAAUGAUGAACCAGAGUGGAGUUAAGAAAGAACCUGCUUGUAGUUGGGUGGAGAUUGAGAAUGCUGUUCAUAUGUUUGUAGCAAAUGAUGAUGCCCAUCCACAGAGAGAGGAGAUCCGUAACAUGUGGGAGAAGAUAACUGAUAAAAUUAAGGAAAUUGGCUAUGUUCCAGACACUAGCCACGUGCUUUGGUUUAUGGAUCAGCAGGAGAGGGAAGAGAGGUUGCAAUACCAUAGUGAACGACUUGCUUUAGCAUUUGCACUUCUCAAUUCUCCACCUGGGUCCCCUAUCCGCAUAAAGAAGAAUAUCAGAGUUUGUGGUGAUUGCCAUACUGCAUUUAAGUUUGUUUCAAAGGUGGUAGACAGGGAAAUCAUCUUGAGAGACACUAAUCGGUUCCAUCAUUUUCGCAAUGGUUCUUGUUCCUGUGGAGACUACUGGUAGUGCUUAAAUAAUUCCCAUAUAUGCAAUGGUUAACUAUCAAAGACUCAUUUAAAUUAUCUGUGGUAACGUGAAAUCAUUCUGGACUUGACUAUUAUGUUGGACAUUGUUGCAAUUGGAUGAUGCAUGUUUUCCUACCAAAAUUGGUUGUUGGCUUAUACACAAGCAUCUUU